AUGACCAAGAAACGUCGUAAUGGAGGACGCUGCAAGCACAAUCGUGGACACGUAAAGGCUGUCCGUUGCACAAACUGUGCACGUUGUGUUCCAAAAGAUAAGGCAAUUAAGAAGUUUGUCAUCAGAAAUAUUGUUGAAGCUGCUGCCGUCAGAGAUAUCACAGUUGCCAGCGUCUAUAGUUCAUAUGUGUUGCCGAAAUUGUACGCAAAGUUGCAUUAUUGCGUUUCUUGCGCAAUUCACAGUAAAGUAGUCCGUAACAGAAGCCGUGAAGCAAGAAGAAUCAGAACACCUCCUCAACGCGCUUUCCCAGCACGUCAACAGCAACAACAGAGAAAGUAAAUGAUGAUCAUCAUUGUUUUAUAAAAUAUAAGGAAUAAAAAAUGCGCCUCUUUUAAAUGAAAAGGAUUAACAUCCGUCAUUAUUCCAAUUA